AUGUUUAUCGCUAAAGUAAAUGAAGCAGUAGUUGGAUCUAUCUUUGGUCCGAGUGGACGAGUCUUACGUGAACUCGAAAAUCGCUAUAAGCUGAUCGUCGAUGCCCAUAAACUUAGCGAUGAUCGGAAGUUCCGACUUAUAUCAAUUACCGGAAACAUCAUUAAUACUUGUGGCUUCUUAUACGAAAUUGGCGAAUUAGUCGGUUCAGCUAAUAUUAUCAUAUCACCGAAAAUUGUCGGCCGCGUUUAUGUCUAUGCUCAAUCGUUAUUGAAUCCAAUUAAUAGUAACGGAAGUCGUCCUCCUGCAAAGUCAGUCCCCAGUUCGACAGUGGCAGUUCCGAAAUCCGGCAAUGUAAACCUGAUCGAUUUAGAAACAUCGAUUAUUGUCAAAAAGCACGAUUCCGCCAGCUCAGACUCAGAAUUUUAG